AUGCGGCUGUGCGACGGCGCGAGACUCAAUGCAGUGGGCAAAGGGGUCCAUCUGCUGGGCCGCGUCCCACCGACAGUGUGCGCGUCCGUCACGGCGCUGUAUCUGAGCCAGAACAACUUGCGGUCGCUGGAAGGGAUCGAGCAGUUUGCGGCGGUGAGGCUGCUGUCUGUAGGUGGGAACCUCAUUGCGUCCGACAAGGAAGUCGCGAGGCUGAAUGAGCUCGCGCAACUCCGGAAUCUCAACUUGAUGGGGAACCCGCUGUGUGACCAGCCCAACUAUCGACUGCGAGUCGUUGCGGCGCUCAAGAAGCUGCAGGUGCUGGAUAAUACGGACAUCACCAAGAAGGAGAGAGAGGCUGCGCCGACCGUUGCAGCGCAGGACGACGCGCUGAGGACGAUGGCGACGCAGAACCACUUCGAUAUCCAAAAGGUGCAACGAAUUGCGAAGUUGAUUGCGCUGCACAAGGAGUUUUACGGCCGUGUGAUGGCAGGAGUUGCGAGUGGAAGGUUUGAUCGUGUGCCCAGUCCGAACGGUGUGGCGUGUAAUGUAAAGUUGUUGCUGCGGUUGUGGAGAUACGAGGAUACGCUGAGUGAACAGGAGCAGGAGGCGCUGAAGGUGCAGAUGCUUACGAUUAUUAUCCGAACGCACGCUAAAUUGGCCGAGAACCCGAAGGUGAAGGCUAAGGAGUACUUGCUGAAGCUGGCAAAUGGAUCCUCGCCUCGAGGACAGCGACUGGAUGGCGCCUCGAAUGACAUUAAGCAGCGAUGCGCGUCGUGGGAAGAAGCGUAUGCUAACGUGAUUGCUCUGCAGCAGAAGACGAUCGCAAAUUUACACGCACUGUGCGAGAAGAACCGCAGAGAGAUGGUGGAGUUUUUGAAGGAUCUUCUCUCGAUGGACCCGAGACAGCGAAAUCAAUUGGUUGGUGGUCAACGCGCCCAACAGCACAAAGAUGAACUGGAGAUGAAGCCUCCACCUCGUCAAGUUAUAAGCCCGAGGAGAUCGUGGGCAGGGUCUCGCUAUGUUGAGAGACAGCGAUCUCACGACAGUUUUGAUGCACACUCUAGCCAGCAUCAUCUUCCACCGCAGCAACAGGAUCCUGAUGCAAGGGACAGAAAAGCGGAAAUUUCCUACCCAAGCUUCCUACCCCCUCCGCCACCCAUGCUUGGUGGCCCAUUGUCUCCACGCGAGAGAAGCAAAAGCCAAGCUACUGAAAUUCGCCACUCGCGAGCUCAAGAAACAACGAUAACGAAUCGUACGGCAAAUCUUCGCAGUGGGGAUUUCGCGAACAAAUCGCUUGGAGAAGCGAUUCAUACCUUCAAACUCCGAGAUUCUCAGGCAGUGCCACGGGCCGAGCCAUCGGCAGCGAUUCCGUUGCCAACCAAAAUCCCUCAAGUCCACACUAUUUACACCGCCCAACGGCAAGAUAAUGUUAUCUUACCCCCUGGACUCGUUGAAAAGCAACGUCCUCCGUUUCACAGACGUCCUCGUGAGCAACGUCUCCGUCCGAGUUCAGCUGAAUUCGAGGACGAGAUGAAUAGAAGUCAGCGUGACACGGACGUCGCAACGGAUCUCAACUAUACUCGACGUCGGGUCUCGUCCGCAUUCACGCGUGAAGACCUGGAUAUGACAAGUAUCAGCGCAAUAAGCCACGCGUCCUCAUCACCUCCGCGAUCACGGCGAGCAAACGAAGAAGCGUAUGUUCCAAUUGCCAAGAGCCCACCGAAUCCGCUUAGUGAAGGCCCAGCUCCGGUACCUCCUCCACCUUUGCGUGCCACUCAGCAUUCUCAAACAACUGUCGCUGACCGGAAUGAACUCCAAACCAAUCCUGAGCAACCAAAACCUACAGCGACGCCUAAUGACGGUCGUCUUCAAGAACUCGAGCAACGAGAAGAGAGGUAUAUUCGGGCCUUGAUGCAGUCAGAGCAGCGUGAAUUGGAUUUGAGGAACAAUCUGUCUAGUGUUCAGCGGAAAUUGGCCUCGUACCAGCGCACUUUGGCGCAACAAUUGCACGAACGUGAAGCGAUAAAGGAAGAAGUGGCUCAGCGCACGAUGGCGGUGGCUACGCCAAAGAUUCUCAAGAGGUUUUUCAUCCGUUGGAUUCAAUUCUACAAUUGGUCGCAGCAGAUCAAACACGUUCGAAGGAAGCGGUGCUUUGUUGUGCAACAUGAUCAUUUCUGGCAAUGGAGACGCAAAGUGUGGAUGCAGCAGGAGUUGAGAGCGUGCUUGAAGAAACAACAACUUCGCGUACGAAGAGUUCAUUUUCAGGAAUGGGUGAAUAUUACCCGACUAAGUGUGAUCGCGAAGCGCUCUAGAAUGCUACAAGAAACUCGGCUGUUGAAGAACAUACUCCAUCGUUGGAUUGAAGGCGUCAAUCGGGUAAGACGAGAGCAAAACAUACUACUAGAUCAGCAAAAUGGGCGAGAACAUCGAAUGCAGCGGUUGUGCUUUCAGGAAUGGAAACGCGCGACAAGACACAAGAGAGCACUAACAAAGGUGCAGGACCUGCGUUGGCAGGAAUCAGAACGCUUCAACAAGCAAGUUGCCUUCUGGAACUGGAAGCUGUUCCUCUACUCAGUGGCACGACCAAUUCAAGAACGAUCAGUUCAGCUUCAGUAUCGAGGGCAAUGCCGACAAACCCGCCUUCACUUAAGAGAGUGGCGCAAACUAAUUCAGAUCGACAAGUUGCACAGCUUCAGGCUUCGCCGACGUUUGUGGAGGCGCUGGGUGGACUGGCGUCGACGAGUGGAGACUGAUAAACAUGCUGCGCACAAAGAGAAGAUCACAGUGGCGAAGAUUUAUUUUGUUGCCUGGCAUUCUACCGCAUCCGAGCAAGCGACAUCAAGGCGGUCUCUGAAUCUUGCAAAGCGGUAUGUCAAUCGAAGACGGCUUCGGAAGCUUUGGAUGCACUGGAAGUACUUCUCGAUGGCCAAGCGGAAAUACACCCAAGACUCGACUAAAGCUCUGAAGCACUAUUUUAUCAAGCUUCUGCGUACAUCCUGGGGAAAGUGGAAGCAACGUACCCACGCAAACUUGCAGCAAGCCAAGCUCAACAAGUAUGGUAUUCUUCAGCGUCAUUUCGAUGCCUUUCGCACUGGAAUUCGUCUCAUUCGAGCACAAAAUGCACGAGCACGAAUGCUCGCGCAUGCUAAGAAGAGGCGGGAAUGGCGCCUACUUCGUAGUGUCCUGCACGGGUGGCGAGGACGAAUUGUUAACAAAAAGCGCUGCAAACAACAUGCCCAACAGGUCUCUCUCCAGCGCGAACAAGGAGCUCUAAGUACAGCUUGGAGACAAUGGCGAUCCCUUCAUAUCGGGAAUUUGCAUAACCAAGUGAGUCUUCUUCGAAGGACGUACGAUUCUGUAGUGAAAGAGAAGCAUGAGCUUGAGGCGCAUUUGAUGGCGGCGAAGCACACAGCCAUGUCCCUGACCGACCAGAUCGAGAUUUUGCACGAGCGAUCGAAAGGUGAAGACAAGCAGGUGGCGGCUUUAGAGGAGAAAUUGCGUCUAUGCGAGGAGCACAAUCGGAGUUUGGCGAGUGAAUUGAAGAGCGCACGGUCGGCCAUUGAGCGUGAACGACACGCGUGGGAAGACGCCCUAUGCGAAGAAGAGGAGAAGCGUGAGAACGACAGCGUCAAGUACCGGUCUCUCGCCCAGGAGAAUCAAGUGCUGCAGGUGCAAAUGAUCGAGUUGAAGCGGGAGCUAGAAGUGGAGAAGUCCAAGGUGAUCGAAGCAGAAAAGGUCAAUCACGAUCUCCGAACUGCGUCAGUGAACACCGCUGACGUUCAUCACUCCGAGAUGACUGCAGCUGUGAACAAGCAGAAAGAACUGGAGCGCGAGAUCGCUGAACUUCGUGAGCAUCUUAAAGAGCAGGAGACUGAGAGAGAAGAUACUGCCAAUCGUCUGCAAGAAUACGAGAAACGAAUUGCCAGCACGUGUGAAGCGAUGAACGAACAUGAACAAGCUCACGAACGCGAGAAUGAACGCCUUCGCAGUGAGUGCACCAAUAUCGAGGCCAAGUUGAAAGAAGAGCAGGUGAAGAAUACGGAGCUGAAUCGACUUCUUCAAGAGAAGAAUCAAAUGAUUCUCAACAUGACGCACCGCAUCAACCAAGGAGAACCCUCACCAUGCCGAGAUAGAUACGAUCCGUCCCCAGGGCACGAAAACUGUGGUGCUCUGUGUGGUAACCAGAAUGACUGUGGUAGAAGAGAGCCGCGCACGGCUCUACGAGCUGAAGAACUUAUGAUCGACAACCACACGAGCAAGGUUCAUGAAGACAUCCGACUGCUUCAAGAGCGGAUAUCCAAGAGACUUGAGCAAGUUCCUGCGUAUGCUCAGCUACCUCCCCGGCCAAUUCCGAGAGCUCGAUCACAAGCCGUGAUUACCGCGGUAUCUCCGGCAUUGGCCGCAUCUCGACUCGUCAAGUCCAGCACAUUCAAGGCCAGAGAUAGGGAAAAUGUGUCAACCUCGGCCAACAAGCCGAAGAAGAAGGCCAUUCGGAAGCCAAGUAGCUCAACCAUACCAACAGAUCGAUCUCUGCCGAAAGCGACCGAGAAGAAGAAGGCUACGAGGAAGCAGCAUUCGGGAAUCAGAAGUCAUGCUGGACGUGUGCUAUGA